AUGGAUUCCGAAAAUUAUCAGAAUCCUGUUUCCACCGAAAAACUUCUCUUCAAGCAAUCGCCACCUCCAGCGUCAUUAUAUGAUGCUGACCCCAAAUGGGCGGCAAGACAGGAGCAGGUGCGACAAGCUUUUAAGCACGCCUGGAAAGGUUAUGCAACGGAUUGCUUUGGAAUGGACGAAUACCAGCCGUUGUCACAUAAGGGUCAUGAUUGGUCACCGGGCGGUAUUGGAUUGAUGAUUAUAGAUUCUUUGGAUACCAUCAUGCUUAUGAAUCUGGAAGAAGAAUAUACUCAAGCACGGGAUUGGAUCGAAAAUCGUCUUAGUUUUGACAAAAAUCAAGAUGUGAAUUUGUUCGAAACCACCAUUCGAGUUUUGGGUGGAUUGUUAUCUGCAUACCAUUUAUCUGAUAAUGACCAACUUUACCUUGACAAGGCAACUGAUCUCGGAAACCGACUUUUGGGAGCUUUUGAUUCGGAUUCUGGAAUUCCGUAUGCUGGUGUGGUUCUAUCUACAGGAAGGGCGCAUAAGGUUCAAUACAUUCAAAGCAGCACAGCCGAAGUGACCACUAUUCAGAUGGAAUUUAAAUACCUUAGUCACCUCACAGGCGAUAAAAAGUAUUGGAACAAGGUCGAAACUGUCAUGGAGCGGAUACGACAGAUGAUUGAUGAUAAUCGUACGUUGGAUGGACUUGUACCUAUCAUGAUAGACCCACAUUCUGGUGGUUUUUCAGGAUCUGAGAUUCGUUUGGGAUCCCGGGGUGACAGCUAUUAUGAAUAUCUUUUGAAACAGUAUUUGCAAACGGACAAGACGGAAGAGGUCUAUCGGAAUAUGUAUGACCAAACUGUCAAUGCCAUGAAGAAAUACUUGGUUCGCCAUUCACAGCCUAGCGAGUUUUUGUUUUUGGGAGAGCUUCCCCAAGGAAGAAACAGUCCUGACCAAAUUUCACCAAAGAUGGAUCAUCUUGUAUGCUUUAUGGGUGGAAGUUUUGCGCUUGGAGCUACAGAAGGACCUUCUCUAAAGGAAAACAGGCGACAAUUGUCCAGCCAAGAUUUGGAAGACAUCCGGCUCGGAGAGGAGCUUACAAGAACAUGUUAUGAAAUGUACAAUAGCACAGCUACAGGGCUUGCCAGCGAGAUUGUUUAUUUCAAUAUGCAGCCUGAAGAUAAAGAUGCAAGUCAAGGUUCUCAUAUUCCAGAUAUCAUGAUCAAGCCACGAGAUACCCAUUGUCUUUUGCGACCAGAAACUGUAGAAAGCUUAUUUUUGCUUUGGCGGAUCACUGGUGACGAAAUGUAUAGAGAGUGGGGUUGGAAAAUUUUUGAAGCUUUCGAGAAGCACACCAAAUUGCCCAAUGGUGGCUACGCAGCGCUUAGAGACGUAACCGUUGUACCUCCUCCCCAAGACGACCGUAUGGAUACAUUCUUUUUGGCUGAGACCUUAAAGUACCUAUAUCUUCUAUUUGGACCCACCGACAUCAUUCCUUUGGAUAAAUACGUAUUCAACACUGAAGCUCAUCCAUUGCCGGUAUUCAAGCCUCGUUGGUAA